ACAAUGACUUGGAUCUGAUUUUAUGAUCAGUUCCAGAAUUAGAAAGUCAAACAAGAAUUGAUUUAGAGAAUCUAAGAAUAAACAGUACAGCAAGGCAGAAUAAAUAACUAACAUGAAAUAGAAACUCCCCCCAAAAUCAAAAUAGAAAGUCACUACUUUAUUAAGAAACCAGAUUAGGAAUCAAUGGAAAAUAGAAACUAAACAGUUUUAUAAGGACAAUUAAGGAGUCGGAUAUAAAUAAUAAGUAAAUCAGGCAGGGCUGUAAUAUCUACCCUCAAAGGAGUGGAUUGAUCCAACAAGGAAGAAGAAAAGAAAGAAGAAAGGAUAUGUUAGGCCCCUCACCCAACUGUGGAGGAAGAAUCUCACUAACUCCAGCUUUGAUCUCUGAUGACAUUUUUUCCUCUUCCAAUUCAGGCCAAAUAAUUCUCAUUCAAAUGGAAGAUGAGGAUGAAGAGAUUCCUGAAGAGGAAGAAGUUUGUAGGAUCUGUUUAGUUGAAUUGUCUGAAGGAGGAAACACAUUCAAAAUGGAGUGCAGUUGUAAAGGUGAUUUAACACUUACACAUGAAGAAUGUGCAGUGAAGUGGUUCAGCAUGAAAGGAAACAAAACUUGUGAUGUCUGUGGGCAAGAGAUUCUUAACCUACCUGUAACUGUAACGACUUCGUUUAGGGUACAAGGUUCUGUUCAAAGGGCUAAUAGAAGAGAGAACAACAGACAGAGUUCAAAUUUACAGAGAACAUGUCCCUUAAAGGACUUGGUGCUUUUCUUGGUUAGCUCAAUAUGCUAUUUCAUCUUCUUUGUGCUGCUGCUGGCUCAUGAAAUGAAAGCUCAACUAGUACUACUGGUUGCCGCAAUAUUUUCAUUCGGUCUGGCUUUUGCAGGAUUAGGUUGCACAGACAUUCUUGAUAUCAAAGAUUAUAAAUGGAAAUAUAUGGCUCUUGAAUAUGUACUUGUGGCUGUAACUUUCUUCCUUUCCCAUACGCUGCUUCACUUGAAACUAUCGUUUUCCUUUCUGCUUUCUGGAUUUUUGGGCUCUGGAAUUGCUGUGGCAAUGAACUUCCUGUAUCUUCAUAUUCAUGCGUGGCGAGUUCAGGUGACAGAGACUCAGGGCAACUCUAAUAUGGUCUGAUAAGAGAAAAACGAGGUUCAAUAAUCUUACUUGGUCAAGUUACAAAUUCUGACAGGCCAACAUAAUGGAGGAUAGAAAAUACUGGUAUAUUUUUUGCAAAUGUUGUAGUCCAUCUUCACUGUGAAAAUCUUGAACAGAAGGAAAAGGAGGGGGAAGGAGAAAAAGAAAGACAAUUUUCCCACUCUCUUGGUUCUUUAUCCUGAUGGAUGUAUAGGUGUUUUUUAAAACAUAUUGUUUAUUGUGAAGGAAACUUUGUUUGCCC